GUGUGUGUGUGUGUGUGUGUGUGUGUGUAUGUGUGUAUGUGUCCCUCUCUCGUCUGUGUGUGGAUGUUGGAGCAGCGUCCGACUGGAUUUGAUUUGUUAUAAGUUCAAGGAGAUCAUUUGACGACAAAAUGCAGCGGAGCAUCGCGUCCUUCUUCCAGCCAAAGGGCAAAACCAGGGACGAUGACAAGAAAAAGGAACCUGUGAAAAAACCUGCCAAAAGCCCCCUCAGGGUGCAGAAUGGCGUCGUGGAGGCGGAUUCUCCCAUUAAGAAAGUUGCCAAGCGCAGCCGGCAAAUAAUGGACAGUGACGAGGACGAGGCACCGGUGUCCAAGGGAGUAGGAGACAAAGAAGCCGCCAGUAAACCAGAAAAGGACGACGUGUUCAAGGCGGUUCCCACCCCACUGUCUCCUCCACCAGCCCCGGCCACGCCCGUGACGCCCGCCACUCCGGCCACCCCGGCCCAGUCGGCGUCCCCGGGGACCCCCGGCACGCCCAACUCCACCUCCCCGUCCGAGAUCGUCAAACGCAAGACUGCCAGGAAGAUGUUCCCCAAGAGGAAGCUGGACGAGAGCCGGAGCGGCGGCAGCGGGGGCCAGAAAGAGGAGGCCGAGGCCAAGGAGGAGCAGGGUCAGCGAAAGAAACGACCCCGUGUGGAGACGACCACAGCCACCGACGGGGACCCCGACGAACCCAUGGAGGAGGGAGCAAAGGCAGAGGAGGUUGAAAAGGCGGUGACCGAGUGUGACGGCCGGGACGAAGAGGUGGAGGAGAACGAGAAGAAAGAGGACGGAGAGGAGGCCAAGGAGGCGGGAAACAGCUCUGAUGAGAAGGAAGAGAAAGCUGAGGGCGCGGAAAAGAACAACGAGGCAAAGGAGGAGACGGAUGAUGAAGGGGAAUCUGCAGAUGCCAAGAAGAAGAAGAAGAAGAAGAAGAAGAAGGAGGAGGAGGAGGAGGAGGAGGUGGUUGAAAAGGACACGCAAGUCGUAGAGGAGAGCCCGAAAAGACGGACGGGGAAAGGGGAGAAAGAUAAGGAGCCGGCCAAGAAAGCCCCGAUCAGCAGUUUCUUUGCGCCGAGAAAAGCUGCAGUGAAGACGGAGAAGAACGAAGGUGAGAAGAAGACGACAAGUGGAGAGAGGAAGAGCUCAGCAGAGGAGAGUAAAGACACCAAAAGCGAGUCGACUCCGGGACAGACGGACUACGAUCCGGCCAGGCCGGGCUACCAUCCCGUGGACCACGCCUGCUGGAAGCAGGGCCAGAAAGUCCCGUACUUGGCGGUGGCUCGCACCUUUGAGAAGAUUGAGGAGGACUCUGGCAGGCUGAGGAACAUCGAGACUCUGUCGAACCUGCUCCGCUCGGUGCUGCUGCUCUCCCCAGACGACCUGCUGUGCUGUGUGUACCUGUGUUUGAACCAGCUGGGUCCUGCCUACCUGGGGAUGGAGCUAGGCAUUGGAGAGACGCUGCUGAUGAAAGCUGUUGCUCAAGCAACUGGGCGACAAUUGGACAAAAUCAAAGCGGAGGCACAGGAGAAGGGAGACUUGGGCCUCGUGGCUGAGAGUUCCCGUAGCAACCAGCGCAUGAUGUUCCAACCGGCCAGUCUGACUGCCGGGGGCGUGUUCAGGAAAUUGAAGGAAAUCGCCAGCAUGAGUGGGAACUCGGCCAUGAAUAAGAAAAUCGACAUCAUCAAAGGCCUCUUUGUGGCAUGCCGCUUUUCCGAGGCCCGCUACAUAGUCAGGUCCCUGGCUGGGAAGCUGAGGAUAGGCCUGGCUGAGCAGAGCGUCCUAUCAGCACUCAGCCUGGCGGUGUGCUUGACCCCACCUGGACAAGACUUCCCUCCCGCUGUGAUCGAUGCAGGGAAGGGGAUGAGCGCCGAGAGCAGGCGGGCAUGGAUCGAAGAGAAGACUCUGAUUCUCAAACAGACUUAUUGCGAGAUGCCCAAUUACGACAUCCUCAUCCCAGUGCUGGUAACAGAGGGCAUAGACCAACUGCCCAAUCACUGCAAGCUCACUCCUGGUGUGCCACUGAGGCCCAUGUUGGCUCACCCCACAAAGGGCGUUGGCGAGGUGCUGAAGAAGUUUGACGAGGCGGCGUUCACCUGCGAGUACAAGUACGACGGCGAGCGUGCCCAGAUUCACAUUCUGGAGAGCGGCGAGGUUCGGAUAUUCAGCCGCAACCAGGAGGACAACACCAGCAAAUACCCCGACAUCAUCUCUCGCAUCCCCAAGGUGAAGAAGGACUCGGUGGUCUCCUGCGUCCUGGACUCCGAGGCCGUCGCCUGGGACCGUGAGAAGAAGCAGAUCCAGCCCUUCCAGGUCCUCACCACCCGCAAGAGAAAGGACGUGGAUGCCUCGGAGAUCAAAGUGCAAGUGUGCGUGUACGCCUUUGACCUCCUCUACCUUAACGGCGAGUCCCUGGUGAGACAGCCGUUGUGUCGGCGUCGGGCUCUGCUGAGAGAAAGCUUCACGGAGGUGGAGGGAGAGUUUGUGUUCGCCCGAUACAUCGACUCCGACAACACCGACGCCAUCGCCGAGUUCCUGGAGCAGUCUGUUCGAGAUUCCUGCGAGGGGCUGAUGGUGAAGACUCUGGAGAAAGACGCCACCUAUGAAAUUGCCAAGCGCUCUCAUAAUUGGCUCAAGCUGAAGAAGGACUACCUGGAGGGGGUGGGAGACACGAUGGACCUGUGUGUGAUCGGUGCCUACCUGGGGAAGGGCAAGCGGACGGGCACCUACGGGGGCUUCCUGCUGGCGUGCUACGACGAGGAGAACGAGGAGUUCCAAUCCGUCUGCAAGAUCGGCACAGGUUUCAAGGAUGAAGAUCUGGAGCAGCAUUACAAGUACUUAAAGGACCACAUCCUGCCCAAGCCGCGCGCCUACUACCGCAUCGAGCCCUCGGCGGAGCCCGACGUGUGGCUGGACGCCGUGCAGGUCUGGGAGGUGAAGUGCGCCGACCUGUCGCUGUCGCCCGUCUACAAGGCCGCCAUGGGAUUGGUGGAUCCGGAGAAGGGCAUCUCCCUGCGGUUCCCUCGAUUCCUUCGGAUCAGAGACGACAAGAAGCCCGAGGACGCCACGACCGGAGCGCAGAUCGCGGAUCUUUACAAGAGGCAGCAGCAAAUUCAAAACCAGGGGGAGAAGGCCGAUCCAGAGGACUUCUACUGAGCGAUGAUUCUUUUUUUCUCAAUUUAAUUGUAAAUAGUGUCUGUCGUUUUUCUAAUGUCCAAAUGAAAAUAAAAAGUCUCCUUCCAGUU